AUGGCCAUGUUCAGACCCUCAUCUCACCCUGCAUCAUACAAGCGUGGAACGUGUCCACAUUCUAGCACCUACGCAAAUUGUGGUGGUAAUGGCAAUGUCAUUUGUGACAUGAUGAUUUCUUGCAUAAAUUUGUUCGGCCAAGUUCGAUGGCACACAUGCUAUCAUCGAUAUGGGCAAUGGCAUGACGACAGAAUAAGUGCCCCGGUAGGGACACUAAAAGAUGACGGUGGCAACUGCAUAACCGGUUGGUUUGGUGUAGACUUCUACUUGGCCUACACUAUUGCAGAUAUUCCUCAACCUGUCCACAAAAUUUGUGAUGACGAGCAGUGUGGAUUUUGUGCCGUCAGCAAGUGA